AAAUUUUAUUAAAAAGAUCUCACCAGCAAUAAAUGUUUUUAUCAGUUACAAUUUUGUAUUUAAUUUUGAAAUAUUUUCUGAACUAUGAAACGAUCUAGCUGUCAUCUCUGGUAAUUAAUCGCCCCUUUCAUGCUUCUUUCUGUUGGGUUUGCAUUUGAGAUUAGUUCUAACUUCUAAGUUAUCAACUAAUCUUUCUGCAUUUCCAUGCACUGAUUCUUUCCUUGUCAAUCUUCACUUCUUCUACCUUUCAAAGGAAAACUUUAACUGAGAUCUUUGUGACCAUUAGGGGCUGCAAGUGAUGUUGAAUAUGGGAGAAGAAAAUGUAAUGACCACAGACCACAGAUUUGCUUCGCCUCAGCCGCCUUCUUCUUCUCCGGCAACAAUCCAAAGCCCUAAUUUUAAUUUCAACCCUUUCAACUCAUUUCCCUCCAUUAUUCCGGAGGAGCAUGGGAUGAUGAGCAUGAGCAUGCUGAUGAUGAUGGGAGAUGGAGGAGUAGAAGAAAUGAUGGAAAACGGGUCGGCCGGUGGGUCAUUCGGGUCGGGUAGUGAACAAGCAGAAGAUCCAAAGUCCGGAAACGAGUUUGAUGUUGCUGAACUUCAAGACGAGGAACAACCUCCUCCUGCUAAGAAGAAACGUUACCACAGGCAUACUAAUCGUCAGAUCGAAGAAAUGGAAGCAUUGUUUAAACAAAACCCACAUCCAGACGACAAACAAAGGCAGAGAUUAAGUCAUGAACUAGGACUCAAGCCUCGACAAGUCAAGUUUUGGUUUCAAAAUAGGCGUACUCAAAUGAAGGCACAACAAGACAGAGCUGAGAAUGUGAUGUUAAGGGCAGACAACGAUAACCUUAAGGCAGAGAAUUCUCAUCUUCAGGCGGAGCUACGGUGCCUUUCGUGUCCUUCUUGCGGUGGCCCCACCGUACUCGGUGACAUUCCUUUCAACGAACUCCAUAUUGAGAAUUGUCGCCUUCGUGAAGAGCUUGAUCGUCUAUGCUCCAUAGCUUCAAGAUACACUGGCCGUCCGAUGCAGUCAUCUCAGCCGUUGAUCAAUCCUCCUCCAGAGGUUCAACAUCACCAACCUUCACUGGAGCUUGACAUGAGCGUAUACACAGGGAACUUUCAAGAAAAUCCUUGUUCAGACAUGAUGUUGCUUCCUCCACAAGACACUGCUUGUUACCUCCCAGUUCAAACUAAUAACAACAGCAACGGCUACAACAUGUUACUUGCGGAUGAAGAAAAGGUUAUCGCAAUGGAGAUUGCUGUCUCUUGUGUCCAAGAACUUACUAAAAUGUGUAACACAGAAGAGCCUUUGUGGAUUAAGAAAAAAUCCGACAAGAUGGGUGGCGAGGUAUUGUGUCUGAACGAGGAAGAGUACAGAAGGUUGUUCCCAUGGCCAAACAACAAAGGAGAUUUUCGUAGAGAAGCCUCAAAGGCAAACGCAGUUGUCAUCAUGAACAGCAUCACGCUUGUUGACGCUUUUCUUAACGCUGAUAAGUGGUCGGAGAUGUUCUGCUCAGUUGUGGCUAGGGCUAAAACGGUUCAGAUCAUUUCAUCUGGAGUGUCUGGAGCUAGUGGCUCUCUUCUGUUGAUGUAUGCAGAGUUACAGGUACUGUCUCCAUUGGUUCCAACUCGAGAAGCUUAUUUUCUACGGUAUGUAGAACAAAACGCGGAAAACGGGAACUGGGCAAUCGUAGAUUUCCCCAUCGAUAGCUUCCACGACCAGAUCCAGCCAUUGAGUGCGAACACUCUUCAUGAGUAUAAGAGAAAACCUUCAGGGUGCAUCAUUCAAGACAUGCCUAAUGGAUACUCACAAGUCAAGUGGGUCGAGCACGUGGAAGUAAACGAGAGGCACGUGCACGAGAUAUUCUCCGAGUAUGUGAAAAGCGGAAUGGCUUUUGGAGCUACCCGUUGGCUCGACGUGUUGGAGAGACAAUGCGAGAGGAUGGCAAGCUUAAUGGCUAGAAACAUAACUGAUCUUGGAGUGAUUCGAUCUGCGGAAGGGAGGAGGAACAUGAUGAGGUUAUCACAGAGGAUGUUGAAAACAUUCUGUGUGAAUAUCAGCACUUCGAACGGACAAUCCUGGACCGCUCUGUCUGAAACAACCAAGGACACUGUGAGAAUCACGACAAGGAAAGCGUGUGAGCCUGGUCAGCCUACAGGAGUUGUUCUUGCUGCUGUCUCAACCACUUGGCUUCCAUUCUCCCACGUUAAAGUCUUUGAUCUUCUCCGUCAUCAACAUCACCACUCUCUGUUGGAGGUUUUGUUCAAUGGAAGUUCACCCCAUGAAGUAGCUCAUAUCGCCAAUGGUUCUCAACCUGGAAACUGCAUCUCUCUUCUUCGUAUCAGUGUCUCGAGCAACUCAUGGCAUAACGUGGAGCUGAUGCUUCAAGAGAGCUGCAUUGAUAACUCAGGCAGCUUAAUCGUCUACUCCUCCGUCGACGUGGACUCAAUCCAGCACGCUAUGAACGGCGAAGAUCCUUCCGGUAUUCCGCUUUUGCCCCUAGGGUUCUCCAUCAUCCCCGUGAACUAUCCCGAUCAAGUCGAGGGUAUUUCCGUCAACUCCCAUCCUCUUCCGUCGUGUCUCCUCACAGUCGGGAUUCAGGUCUUGGCUAGCAACGUCCCAACCGCGAAACCAAAUCUCUCCACCGUCACAACCAUCAACAACCAUCUCUGCUCCAUCGUCAAUCAAAUCACUUCUGUCCUUAGCAGCACUGUUGCUCCGUUGAUCGAAUCUUCUUCGGCCGGAGACGACGCCCUUGCCAACAAACAAGGGAUCUAGUGACCGAAUUACCCUUAAACCUCCUUUGCUUUUUUUGAAUCUAAGACGAAAGAAGGGAGGUUCAAAGGUAAUUCGGUUGUGGACUUGAGGGUGUUCUCGUGACGUAACAUCUGUUAAAACCCUUUUUAAUCAAUGUUUAUGCUUUCUGGUUAUUUCUUUUGUGGAGGGUCAUAAUGGGAUUUAACACUAGAAAAAGUUAAGAGGAAGUCAAGAGCGCACCAGGUAGGAAUGUUGACUUCAUUUUUCUGUGUACCGGAUUAUCGGUUCAACCGAUCUCCGAUUUUAACAGAAAAGCGUAUCUGGUUCGGGUAUUGACUCCUUGGACUAUUUUGGCUUAAUUUACAUUUCUCAAUUUAA